AUGUACACCGAAGCUGCGAAUUGGCCGUGCGUGCGGCUGCUAUCAACUGAAGGGCCUAUUGGUUGCGGAAACCCCGGCAGGGAAAUCGUAUCCGCCCCUAUUCAGGCCAUCUCCUCGCCCUCCGAGCUUUCUCUCCUCCACUCCCCUCGAGCACUCGUGGUGUCGCCAGCAGUGCUGCACCGCGUGCUCUCACUGAUAUCCAAAGAUCCAGUAAUUGCCAGCCACGUGGCAGGCAUCAUGGUGGAGUUUGCCAAUCAAUCAUCUGUUCCCGGCCUCUCCCCUGCAUCCCCCUUCCCACAGUCAGCCUUCGCUGCCUACCCCAACACCUCCUACCACUGGAACCCCAUUGGCUCGUCCCUCGACCGCCUGCCGUUCUCCCUCCCGGUCUCCCUCCUCUCCGAUCAAGCCACAGCUGAUAUACGCCUUAAAGCAGAGGCCAACAGUCAACGAGAAUUUCGCUACCCGCUUUACAUGGCUGAAUUCGAUGACAUCAUGACUACCACGCGGUUAGGAGCAAUCAUGUCACAAGCCUGUCUAGACAACCUUGCCUGCCUCCCUCUUGGUGGCUACAGUGUGAUGGCAUCUCUGCCUCCCAUAAAUGUUGCAAGCAAGGAACCUUCCAGGAAGCCGCUGGUGAUCGCCAUGGCUCAGAUGGAUGCUGCCUCGCUGUUCCGCGACGCUGCUGUCGGGGCCGAGUCUCCCGUUUCCGGUCUUAUCUCUUUGCUAGCAGCAGCAGACGCCAUUGCAUCUCUCCUGCGAAAUCCCUCCACUCCAGACCUUCCCAAGCAGCUUGUCUUCCUUGCUCUAAACGGCGAGCGAUGGGGCUACCUGGGCUCGCGGCGACUGCUGUUUGAGCUGGAAAAGUGGUCUAAGGGGGAAGAAGGAGUAGGGAGAGAGGUGCUUCAGGGGCUUUCUCUUGACGAAUUCGCAGAGGCACAGAUGCUGGAAGUUGGAUCGGUGGGAAUGGCAGGAGCAGGAGGGAAUGGGACUCAGGAGAAUGUGACACUGUUCAUGCAUCAUGAGAAGCCCAUGCCCACAGGAGCAGCAGCCAUGGCAGAGGCAGUGAGAGCAGCAGCAGCGUCCAUCAAACGGAAUUCCCAUGAGGAAGGAGGAGAAACUGCAUCAGCAGCGGAAGAGGAGGUGCAGGCGAGUGCGGGUGUGUGUGUGGAGGAAGCCAGUGAGGAGACACCGGGUCUCCCGCCCUCCUCGCUGCUUGCAAUGUCGGCUGAGCAUCCAGGUCUUUCGGCCCUUCAUCUCUCCGACUUCAACCAACAAGUCUCCAACCCCUACCUUAACAGCCAUCUCGACACCCUACCCUCCGUCCACCUCCCCUCCCUCACUCUCUCCGCCACCCUCCUCGCCCGCUCCCUCCUCCUCCUCUCAGGAGCCCCUCCCUCACUCGCCCUCCAAGCAUCAGUUAGCACCUCCCUCAUAUCCAACCUCGUUCUCUGCCUCCUCUCUCCUUCCCCUGGUCUCCUCUGCCCUCUCGCCUCUUCCGUCCUCACUCCUAGAGACUCUGCUCCUAGUCAUUACGCUGGGGUCUUUUUAGGGGUUCCUCCUUCCUCCUCUCCCGCCUCUUCCCCUCCUUCCUCCUCUGCCGCCUCCUCUCCUCCUCUCUAUACCCUUGCUGAUACCCCCCGGUUUGUCUGGAAUUUCUUGGCUAAGACAACAGCUGCGAAGCCAAGAGGAGGGGAGGAGGGAGGGGAGGAAGUGGAGGGGAGAGAGGGGAGGGAGGGGAGGGAGAUGAGGGAGGGGAGUGUGGCAGAAGGAGGAGGGAAGGGAGCGAAGGGGAAGGAGUGUGUGGAGAAUGGGGAGUGUGGAGCAGCAGGGGAGGUGUGUGUGGGAGUGCUGGCAACUGCCAAGGGAGAAUGCAUGCUCUCAACAACAACGUAUAUCCCUGCUUUGUCCCCUCGCCUAGUCUUCAACAGCACGCAUUGGAGCAUUGCCCCUCCCCGGCCGGGCAGCCAUGGGGAUCUGGUGGAUCCCGUGUGGACCGAGAGCUUUUGGCAGCACCUGAAACUGAGGAGUUACCUGGUGGAUGAUCCGAUAUGGGAUGCUUCAAUACUGCUUGGAGGCGUGGUGUGGGUGGUGGUGCUGUGUGUGCUUGUCACCUGGGCUGAUAAAGCUAUUACGCAGAAGCUCAAGCGGAACCUUCCCGCGCAUUCUCGAGGCUUCCGGAAGGCGCUGGAGGGCGCGGCGCGCGCGGUGAAACUGGAGCAGCCCUGA